UCUCCUUUUAUCUCUACAAUGACAUCCCAAAUCCGCGCCGCCGAACUCACAAAACUCAACAUCCACGCCAUCUUCGGCGAGAAAGACGCUGCAAAACGCCUGCAAGUCAUAUCCUCCACCUGGGCUGUAAGCGGAGAAAUCCUUUUCGUGGACGCAACAGGCGUCUACAAAGCACACGAUGCGAUCAGUGCCAUGGUGGAGAAGAUACAGAGUUUGGGCGGGCCAGAUGAUGAGUUUGUCGAUUUGAGUGAGGUCGAGUGCUUGAAACACGAUGUGGAGGAAGAUAUCUGGGUGACAAGGGUGAAGUGGGGUGUUGGACCGAAGGGAGCAGCACCAGGACUGACGGGGUGGGAUGUACUGACGAUUGUUGGGGGGAGGAUUAAGGCUUGUUAUACGUUCCUGGAUGCUCAGUAG